CGAGUAAGAUUAUCGAAAAGAUGCAAAAUGAGAUCGCAAUGAGCAGUGCAGAUAACAUUGGCAGACGUAGAGUGGUAGUGCUUUCGAAACCAAUCGGUCCUCAUAAGAUGGAAGCAGCAAUACUAGCGUGUUUCGGUCCAAAGGAUGGUGUUGAACUUGAUAACAAUGGCAGCGUAUCAACACCACCACAAAUGUUGCAUUCUGCACCUUACGACGAAAUUCAACAUUAUCAUGAUAACGCUUCGUCCGAGGACACGUCAUCUCCUCUCGAAACCCCCAUACUCGAGCGAACUGACCCAUUUGAUAAUGUUUCCUCAUACUCUCAUUUUCGAACCAUACCACUGUUUCGUUCUACCACCAUGCCAAAUAUUCCACCAUCAACAUCACCACCACCUUUCACCGAAAAAUUUCUACCCAUACCAAACCCACGACAACAAAGUUCACCAGGUUUGUCGACAUCCGUACCCGAGAUGAAUGCUUUCCCGGUACCUUCUAUAUCACAAAGAAUGGAUCUUCGUGGACCACGAAUACUCGUGGUUGAAGAUAACGCAGUAAACAGGAUGAUUUUAUCUAAUUUCCUAAAAAAACGCGGAAUUUACUUUGAAGAAGCCGAGAAUGGAGCAAUCGGCGUGGAGAAAUAUCGGAAAGCCUUGGAAAGAGAAGAUAUUGGUAUCGAUCUGAAAAAAGGAUUUGACAUUAUAUUUAUGGAUAUCCAGAUGCCAGUGAUGAACGGGAAUGUAGCAACAUCCGAAAUUCCGAUAAGAGAAUUCAAAGUAAUUCCUGCCACCACGUCAUUUUUAUUGAACUCGUUGUCUUCCGCAGGAUUUCCGUCAUCACUAUUAAACACCGAGUCUAUCAACACUGAAGACAAUACCACCGAUCCUUCGACGUCAACGCAAAAUCGGUCCUUAAUAUUUGCACUGACUGGUUUGGCUAGUGAUGAGGAUAAACAUGUUGCAUUUGAAAGUGGGGUUGACGGAUUCUUGACCAAGCCUGUUAGUCUAAAGACGUUGGAUAAAGUGAUCAAGAGAUGGCAUGAACUUGAAGAAUUCGCUACGCAAAUUCCCACUGACGCAUUACCAUCUUCAAUGGAUACAUUAAACAAAGAUAGAAUAGAGAAUGAGCAAGAAACGAAAGAUGGUAAAAAAGAAGCACAAGAACAGGAGGAAUUCAGAAAGAAAGGCAUAGUAAGUAUGUGCAACUGUUAG